AUGCAGGCUCAUAGGGCAGGAGUCUUUAAACAAGUGCAUAAAUCUCAUCGUGUUGGUAGGCAUCGGACCAAAAGAGAGAUCCAUCGAGAUGUAAAGGGUAAGAUAGAUUUUUUUUUGUUUUAUUUUUUUAGGUAAAAAGAUAACGAAGAAGGUUAACGGUGCGGGUGCAAAGUUAGCGAGAAUUAUUUCGAAUGUGGACAGAAAGAAUCAAAGGAAGCAUUGGAGAGAAUUUAAGAAUCAUCUUAUUCAAGAAAGAGCCAGACUAGAAGGAGGCCCGAAUAGAGCGCCGCAAAUGGUCACAGUUUUAUGUUUGGACGAUGAGUUGCUUGCUACUGAGGUUGUGGAUAAGUUGCUCAAAGUCGACGAGAGUGCAGUUAUUACUACGAGCGACAGAGCUGGGAUUACUUUUUUGAACUUGCCCAGAUUCAAAUCGCGUUUUGGCUUUUUGUGUCCUAAUCCGAAGAUGUUGGAAAGUUUAUUAGACGCCGUUAAGGUCUCAGAUGCCUUGUUAAUUGUUUGGCCUACAGAUGGGGAGAUGACUCCGGAACAAAUGGAAUUGCUCGAUAUUCUCCUUGCUCACGGUACAGCUUCUCCAGUUCAUGUAGUUGCAGGAUUGCCGCCAAACGGAAAACAAAGGGAGCAGUUACGGAAGCAGUUGGAAAAGAAGAUAAAUAAAUGGUAGCUUUCGUUUUUUUUGAGUUAUUUUUUAUGUUUAGGAUGUCAUCGAAACGUGGCAUUUCCUUUUUGGAUUCGGAUUCCAAUUCGUUGAAUCUCUUGAGACACCUUUCAACUCUCAAGAAAAAGACGCAUCAGAUUAGAAGACCAUUUUUGCUGGUGGAGCAAGCUGAGCUUGUAGAUGAUGAAAGUGGAAUUGGAACCUUGAAGGUAACCGGUUAUGUAAGAGGGCCUCCAUUGAAUGUCAACAGACUAGUCCAUAUCCAGGGCUGGGGAGAUUUUCAAAUCGAAAAGAUUGUGGAUGGGAGAGAUCCAAGGCCCUUGAAAAGAAAAGUGGUAAAUUUUUAACGAAUUUUUGUUGCUUCAUACCUAUUUUGGUAAUAGUGAUAUUGCUUUAGUACGAUCCUAACAGCAAGCCCGAUGUAAUAGCGGUAGCGGAUCAGGCCCUACAAGAAUCGUUACAGUCAGAAGUUGUUCCAGAUCCAAUGGAAUCGGAACAGCCCGAGAUUGAUGAGAAUCCACAAUUCGAUGGAGUUUGUAAGUCGCAUUGCAAUUAUAAUAAUUAUUUUUUCUUCAGUUAAAGUGCCUAAAUUGAAGAGAAAAGUGCCAGCUGGAAUGUCAGAGUACCAAGCGUCUUGGAUUAUCGACAACGAAGAUUAUGACGAUGACGAGGAGGGAGAAGACGAUGACGAUGAGGACCUGGAUGAAGAAGACGAGAGUGAUGAUAAUGACGGAGAUCGGUUGGAUAAAGAUAUGAAUCCAUUAGAAGAGGAUGAUGAGAUGGAUGCAGCCAGUGUCGGAUCAGCUAUGAAUGAAACUAUCUCCAUGGCUGGGAUAGAGGAUCGACCAGCUGAUGAAGAUGAAGUUAGGAAAUUCAGAGAAGAGAAUGAAGACAGAAAGUGGCCGGAUCAGAUGGAAUGCCCCAUGGAUCAGCAAGCUCGGGUCAGGUUCCAGAAAUAUAGAGGUCUCAAGAGUUUCCGGUAGGUCGUCCCCUCCAUGGUUGUUUAUUUUUUAGAACUUCUCCGUGGGAUGUUAAGGAGAAUUUGCCCAUUGAUUAUGCCCGUAUAUUCAAAUUCGCAUGUUUCUCGAGAACAAAAAGACUUGUUGUCAAGACUCAGGAAUCCGAUUACUCUGAUCAAAAUGCGAAUCAGGUGGCAAAGACGGGCUCUUAUGUUACAGUAUAUUUGAAGAAUGUCCCCUCACAUAUCUUGAGUAAGUUAAAUUGUUAACGAUUAUUUUUGUUUUAGACGAGAUUGACCCCAGAUAUCCACUGGCUUUGUAUGGACUUUUGAAGCAUGAAAACAAGUUCUCUGUGAUGAAUGUGGUCCUUAGAAAAUAUAAUGGAUGUAAAAUCCCCAUAAAGAACAAGGAAAGUUUGGUAUUCCAUGUGGGAUCAAGGAGAUUUGUGGUGGAUCCUAUCUUCUCAGAACACUCCACGGGAGAUAAGUUCAAAAUGGAGAGAUUCAUGCCUGAAGGGACUCCAUUCGUCGCCAGUUUCUACGGCCCGGUGACAUUCGGUCCCUGCCCAGUGUUGGUCUUCAAACGAGAUGUGGAUGGAAACGAGAGCUUUGUCGCAUAUGGGUCCGUUCUGAAUGCGAACCCAGAUCGUAUUGUCUUGAAGAGAAUCGUUCUAACGGGACACCCUUAUAAGAUCAACAAGAGGUCCGCCGUUGUCAGAUUUAUGUUCUUCAACAAGGGUGAGUCAUUAGCCAAUUAUAUUGUUUACUGUAACGCUGUUUUCAGAAGAUAUUGAUUGGUUCAAGCCGGUUGAACUCUACACAGAUAACGGUCACAGAGGUCAUAUCAAAGACUCCAUCGGUACCCAUGGUCUAAUGAAAUGUGUCUUCAAUUUACCCUUGGGCAAGCAAGACGCCGUAAAGAUGAACUUAUUCAAGAGAGUCUUCCCUCGAUGGACAUUCACCCCUCAUUUUAUUCAGAAGAAGUCAGUAUCACCAAUUGUAGAACUACCUACUGGGUUUUCAAAAGAUGUCGAAAUGGAGUAG